AAAAAAAAAAAAAAAUAAUCCUUCUUAAAGAAUUGUAAAAAAUUUAGGGAAUCGAAAAAUAAAGUUUUUUUUAUUUUGUGAAAAAAAAAAAGAUAUAUGUGUACGUGUGUUGGCACAAAGAAAAGUAGCGAUGAAAUUGUUGGGAAGAUAAAGUAUCAGAGGAUAUUAAAAUAAUGAAUAAAAUUUUUAACGCAUGUAUAAUGUACGAGAGACUAUAUAUACGGUAUAUUGCAAAGUGGAUAGAACUUUUCACUCACUUGUGGGUGAAACUUUUCACUCACACGAGUAACGCUCGCUGGUGAACUUUAUCGCGGUGUUCAAAGAUAGAGCUAUGAAAGCGUGUCGCAACGCGAACGGCGAAUCGUCCAUCGUUCACCUUUUCGCGAGCAGCCGGCAGGACGAUUCGUUCACCAUCGAGCGAACGGAGUUGUGGGCGAGAGGAGUUCGCGAGGAACAUUUCCUAGGAUGUUUCAUUUUCCGAAACAUUUCGCGUCUCGCGCAAACACGUACGCGAAUCGUUGCCGAAUGUCACGAAGCAAAGUGGCGCAUGGCUAGAUAAGGAUCUCGUCGAGCUAGGGAAACCGGGCGGCAUGGGUCUGCCGCGUUUCUCCCUCAAGAGAUACUUUUUCUACGUGCUAUGUCUGACGGGUACGCUGCUUGUCUUACUGAAUUUACUGCAGAACGAGAUAUGGCACAGCGUACGACCACAUCCUCCUGGUCAGUCCGCCGUUCGAACUGCCGGCGACGGGCCCAAGAUGAAACCCGAUUGGCCUUUGAAAUCGAAGAAGCCGACGAUGCGAGUAUUACGCACUCGGGAGCGAGUGAAGAAAAGACUUCCGUUCGAGGCAUUGAUUAUAAACGGAACCAGUUUGGGCGAAAACUCGAUAGACCUGGAUCCAACGCGAAGACCUUGGUACCUGAAAGGAGGAACCAGAAGACCUUUUCCAGCGAGGAGAGCUCGCAAUACUGGCCGAAGAUUGGCUCAAUUGUGGCCAGAGGAAAACGCUUACGAUGAUCGCGUGACGAAUCAGUUAAUGUUCGUGCCGCCCGAUUACAACAGAACAAGCGGCGAGCAUCCGCUCAAGAAGAUAAUGAUUCCUCACGGAAUGGCCGAGGCAAAAGUCGGUCCUGACAUUUUCUUCCAGCAACGAUGCCCGGUGAAUACCUGCACGAUCGUCCGCGACAAUCCGGACAGCGCCGAUCUCAUUCUAUUUAAGGAUUACAUCACGCACGUGGGACGAAGAUCUAACAGUCAGGUGUGGAUGCUGUAUUUUUUAGAGUGCCCUUAUCACACGCAAAGCGUCAAGAAUGCUCUCAUCAAUUGGACCGCCACAUAUCGGCGUGACAGCGAUAUAGUGGCACCUUACGAGAGGUGGCAAUAUUAUGAUUCCAGUAUCACACAGAUUCCACAAACGUUUAAUUAUGCGGCAAACAAAACGAAAAAGGUCGCCUGGUUCGUUUCCAACUGCCAUCCCCGAAAUCAGCGCAUGAAUUAUGCCAGGGAACUCUCGAAAUACAUCCAGGUGGACAUUUACGGUGCGUGUGGCAGUCUACGCUGUCCGCGAUCGCAGUCGCAAACCUGCUUCGACAUGCUCGACGAGGACUACAAAUUCUAUCUCGCGUUCGAGAACUCCAACUGCAAGGACUACAUCACGGAAAAGUUCUUCGUCAACGGACUCGGACACAACGUGCUACCCAUCGUGAUGGGUGCCCAUCCGACGGAUUACGCGCGCAGCGCGCCGUAUCGUUCCUACAUCCACGUGGACGAGUUCGAGUCGCCCAAGGAGCUCGCCGAGUACCUGCAUCGAUUGGAUCGCGACGACGAUCUCUACAACUCGUACUUUCGCUGGAAGGGCACCGGCGAGUUCAUCAACACGUACUUCUGGUGCCGGGUGUGCGCCAUGUUACACGACGACCGUCCGCCCAAGUAUUACAAGGACGUGAACGACUGGUGGCGGGGCGAGGGUGUUUGCACGACCAGCUCGUGGCGCGAGCACGACCUCACGCGUUCGCAGAGUCAGCGAAACACCUGAGGAGGAAGUGGCGCGAGGACGCGAUCGAGAGGCUCUUCCGGCGGUGCUACCCGGCGAGUUCCCGUGCGUCUUGUCCGCCCGACACGUUGCUCAAUAUUCUACAAACGAUUCCGAUUCUUCCAAAAUAGAACGACGCCGAGAAGAAGUUGAGCGAUAUCCAAGAGCGCGUGCCGCGUCUAACGACAGCGAAUUGCUUCCGUCGUACACGACAGAGUGUUGGACACAAUUACACACACAGUUCUAAGACGGGACCUCGGCGAUGCGUGACCUCGCGCGUCCCCGUUUCUCGCGAAUACUCUAGCCAUCCUCCCCAAGGAAGGUAUUAAUAAGAUCCUUCGUUGGCGAGAUAUAUUACGCAAUCUUUUUCCAGUUGGCUAUUUUUCAGGGUGUUUGAUAAAGAAGAAGAAGGUGUGCGAUAAAGAAGAAAAUUUCUUUUUUUAAAUGAGUAAGUAGACUUUCCGUUUCAAAGAGAGCAGUUUACAUGCCUAAUCGUCGAAUCUUCCAAAAUAAUGUUUCUAUAUGGCUUUUUUUUUCGAACUGUAAGCUGAAACGGAAAUCACGAAAGAUAAUUUGAAGAUGGCCAUGAGAGACUGCUGAGGUCGUUUUAUAUCAUGAUAACAUUUGCACGGGGAUAGGAAUUGUGACGCUCGUAAAAAUUUGAAGAGCCCGUUAAAGCGUAGUGGAAACAUAUUAGAUGACAUGUAUUGCAAGAAUAAAGCGCAAUAUACAUUUGUUCUCUAGAAGGACUCGAUUUCCGCCGCACAUUUAAUAUUGAAUGCAACUGUCCGAAAUAAUACUUCUCAGAAUUAGAAUCACGCUAUUAAAUAUACGAUGAGGAUAUACGAAUUAGUGUAUGUAUACAGAAUUACAUAGAGUUACAUCGCGGAUGAUCUCCCAACUAUGUAUGCAUUAGAGGACCAACUAACAAGAAACAGAUUGGUUAUUUAAAUCGAUAAUUUCGAUAUUAAUCGCUAUCAAAAAAGAAUUCUAAAAAACUAAGAAAUAAAGCCUCCUAUAUAUAUAUAUAUAUAUAUAUAUAUAUAUAUAUAUAAAUUAAUUCUAAUUAGAUUUUAUCUCAAUAAAAGUUUAAUUAUAUGAAUAUUUGACGUCGGAAAAUUUAAACAUUUGCGAAUUUUUCACAAAACUUUUACAAAAUGGAAAUUGAUAGCAAAUUUACCAUAAAAGCUGUAGUUGGGAGAACAAUUGAUUGACCUAAAACGUUAUACGAAGAAUUGCAAUUCGAUAAUUGAGAGAGAAUAAGCAACUGCGUGAUUAGUGUGUGAUUUAAGGAACAGCGGCGAUUACAUUCGUAUGUGAAUCAUGUGUUUUGAUGGGUUUCGUAAAAUAUUAAAAAGUAAUUCGCGCGAGCUUUUAACGCGCGAGGAUGGAAAGCUCGUAGUCGCUUUUCGUAGAGAGCGACGAUUACUGUUCAGUAUUUAAUAUUUAUUGUUCCCUCUUGCAUGAAUUUUGCGAAAGAACUUUAUCGUUGUAUGUUGUGUAGGUGGCAGGAAAAAUUCAUGUGCAUUCAAGUUGCAUCACGUUUCUAGCGAAAAAUUCUAGCGCGAGAACCUUACUUUUCCGACAAUAAUCAUAUAUAUUUCCUGCAUAUAUGCUCACGUUUGUGUAGACGAUUGCGAAUUGUAAGAGAGAAAUUCAUGAAGAUCGAACGGAUACAAUUUUUGAAUGCAACUAGAACGUUAAUUAGCAUACAAUCGAUAAUUGCAUUUAUAGUUUUAUCUCGAAAGAGUGUAUGUUAUUUAUUUCGCGAAACAGGAUGCAUUUGCUUCUAAACAGUGUAGCAUUUGUCGAAAAUAGCAUUGCUCACAAUAAUAAGCUCAUGGGAUAUUUAAGAGCUUUUCCCGCAAAUUCUCGAGUGUACAAGAAUUUUAUUAUUUAACAUGUCAUUUCAUCGAAACUUUCUCAAAGUUCACGGAGAAUCUAGUCAGGAAGAAGCUCACUUGAGGAGUAUUUUCGAAUAAUUUAUAAUAAUAGUAUUAUACGCAGAGCGAGAGUACCUGUUUGAAUAAUUCCUAUACUAUAUUUUUCAUUAAAUUGAAUUAAUCUUGAAUUUAAUUAAUUAGACUUUACAUCGUCGAAUAAAGUAAUCGUAUUCACUCCGUGGCUAGUGUCAAUUCGAAAAACAACGACUUCCGCUUUGAACACUAGUCUAGCUCAAAUGUAGUUCAAAAAACUUGAACCGCACCUUGGUCCAGAGAAAAGACAGAGGCACUCAAAAGACAAAACGCGGAGCGAAAUAUGUAUAUAUAUAUGGAAAAAAAAAAAAACGCACGUAAUGUACAUGUAAAAAUCACAAUUGAGUCGCCACAAGGCAGGUUUAACCAUCGCACUCGAACGGUUCCUACAUUAUAAAUUAUUCACAGUGCGCACAAGCAGCAAUUAGGUAUUUAGACAAUUAACUUUAAUUAAAUAAUUAAUUAGUUAAAUAAUUAGUCGAAUGACCGUACAAUUUAACACCGAGAAGAUGCGCAUAUCUUGAAUAACAUCUCGAAUCUUGGUUUCUUCCUUUCAUCAUGCCUUAAUAAUAUAGAUUCAUAUUUUCCAUUUUUUAUAUUACUUUAGGCGAGAAUGAUUAAUUUUCACACCAAUCGAUACUUUAUGUAAUACAAGUUAUUUAAAUCAAUUAAAAUUUUUAAUCGCUUUAUAUAAAGGAUUCGCACGAAGAAGCAUGUACAUCUGAUAUUAUAGUAUUAGAUCGACAAUUUAUUUAUAUUAUUUAUGAACUUAAAUUUUUUUUUAUAAAUUCAAGAUUGAUGUUAAUUUAAUGAUAUUAAUUUAUAUAAUAAUGGAUGGUUUCAACGAUGUUUUUAAUCGCAAUUGUUAAGUUUAUUAACGAUUGGUGCUGCUUGUAACGAUUGGUGCUGCUGUACGACGUAUAUAAAUAAUAUAUAUACGCCGACAACGACAAACUCUUGAUUUUGAACGGCCAGCAUAGUAUCGAAUAAGUAUAGAUACGUAGGCAAGUGAAAAAGGGCGCGGAAAAAUAAUGCUCGAUGUCGAGAUAUAUAUAUAUAUAUAUAUAUAUAUAUAUAUAUUAUAUCUGUGGCGAAAUAUGUGAUAAUUAAUGUCUUUGAACAUACCGUAAUAUUAUAGAGUCUCUCGAUGUGUGUGCGUGUAUUUAAUUACGUACGACAUCUAUUUUUAAACGACCUCGAUCGAUAUUUUUUUGUCCGCCCUAAAUUCAGUAAUAAAUAUGAGAUGUGUCAUCACUUAUUCUCUCGAUAAUUGCCCGUUGUCAAUCUAGAUAGCACGAUGAUUUGUAAAUAAUAGCAUGUACGAGAACAUUAUGAUACCCCUGUAUGUAAAGAAGAAAGAAAAAUGUCACCGCAUGCAACGUUGAAUAUGUCGAUCGUGAUAGAUAACAAGGAUAUGCGACACAGUAUUUGCUCCGAUACGUAAGGUCGAUUCAAGUAAUCGUUAUAUCGGGACAACAGAUUUCGAAUUCGGCAGAAAAAAGGCGCAUAAUAAUAUGUUAAACAAAAAGGAACAAUCAUUUUUUACAAUCAGUUUUUCUGAUGUUUAUGAUAUGAUUAUCUCAGAAUAUCACACAUUAUAGUUUUGGAAAAUUUGAAGUUUAAAUAGUAAAAAAGUGUUCUUUUAACUUUAACGUAUGUAUAUUUUAUUUUUAAAUUAUGUCAUAUAAAAAAGUUUUUUGUUCCGUAAAAUUAAAUAUUAGAAAAUUAGAAUAUUAGAAUUUUCUAGAAAAAAAUUUCUACAGAUUAAGAUUAAUAAAAUUUUUUCAAAAAUUUUAUUAAACCAACUAUGUAUAUCGCGAGAAGAUUAUAAUUAAUUCUAAGGUUAUAGAAUUGCAAUUUUUUUAAAUUUUACCAUCAUAUAUUAAUUUUUUAAUUUUGAAUUUGUUAAUUUUGACAUUAGAUUUGUACUUAGCGAUAUAAAAAGAAAUAAUAUUUAUAUUUGAAUAAAUGUAAAAUAUUAAAAAAUAUUUGAUAGACUAUCUGUGAUCCUUAAUGAUUUAAUUAACAAUUCUCUCACAAUAGACGUGCAAUAUGUUUAAUUAAAAUAAUUUUAUAAUCUUAAAAAUAAAAACUUAUUAAUUUUAACGUUUACAUGUUAUUUUUGAAAGUCGAGCAUUUUGUGAUGCAAUAUAUUAAUUUUAGAUAGAAUAAAAUGUUUAUAAUACAUAUUAGUGCUGCGCAGUUAUAACAUAAUAAAGCACUUUAAAGUAGCCAUUUUUUUUUACACAACUUUAUCCUAAAAUUAUUUAAUAUUAUGAUAUAACAGAGUUAUUUUGUUAGCCGAAAUUGUAUUCAAAAUAAAAAACUACAAGAUUUUUAAUCACUCUCUAUCUUGGGUUUAGAGAAAAAAAAAAGUUAAUUUUUGUCAAACCGUGUAAUAUCGUUCCAUGUAACUCAUUUCGAAAUCAGAGUCAUUACUCGGCUCAUGAUAUCGGGAAGUUCAAUAUUGAAUACAGAGUGUACAUUCAGAGUAUAUAUACAGUGCACAUGUUUAAUGUAUAUAUUGACACGACUUUAUAUACCGAUUUCGAAAUCAUAGUUUUAGCGUGCUGAAUCCACAUACUAAUUUCGAAAUCAGUUGUUUCGAUGUAAUGAUUGCUCGGAUCGAUUUCACGUCUCGUUUUCCGAAUCAAAUACUACUUCGCACAUCCUUAGUAGAUAAUGCAUUCAAAUCAAUAAUAAAAAUUUGUAGAUAAAAACGCGACGGAGAAAAAAAAAAACGUGGCUCGUUCGGGCGGAAGCGCGCUUAUUAUUUUUUUUAUCGAGCGUAGCCUGCACUUAACGAGUUACGAUUAGUGCCAUAAUGUCGUGAGAAUCGUGAAGAUUAAUCAAAAAACGUGUCAAGUCGUUUCAACCAUUCCAAGUCCACGCGCACGACACUUUCAAUUAUUCUAAUAAUUUUAGAUGCGCAUUCGCGCAUAAAAGUUAAUUAUAAAAUAACAAAAUUAUUCAAGUACUCAAGUUCAAGUAUAAUAAUUGUGUUCGUAAUUUCGUUGUUGAAAAAAGAAAAUGUGAGUUUUCAUCAAGAUAUUUUUUUAUAUUUUUAUAUUUAUGCAAUAAAUCGCGACGACUGAGAUUCGACGAGUAGCUCGUUUGUUUUCUUUUUUUCUUCUUUAAUAAUUUAAUAAAAUGUUACAUGGAUUCCGCGAUUUCCAUGCGUUUCGAAUUUUAUGAUGUUCUAUUGAGUAUAGCAGUAAUUAAAUUCCAUGUGUUCGUAUCAUACAAUUGUAUCAAUGUUUAUGCGCGUUCCUGACCUAAAGAAUAAAAACGAACGCUAUUCUUAA